GAACACACACAAAAAUAAUCUGAACACGACCUGUAAUAUGUGUGUAGUAUUGCUUAGAGCUACAAUGAAAUACAAACUUAAUUGAACAUCCAUGGCUACAACAACCUCGUCUUUUAUGUUUCUUAAAUCUCCCACCUCGUCACCAUCACCUUGUCAUACCAGAAUUGGCAGAAGUUUUAAAUUAAUCAAGGCUCAAUCUGAUGUCCGAAAGGAACAUGUUGUCAUUGUUGGUGGUGGGAUUGCAGGUCUUGCAACUGCUCUAUCCCUUCACAGGCUUGGUGUUCGAUCCCUUGUAUUGGAGCAAUCGGAGUCCCUUCGAACUGGUGGAACUUCACUUACCCUUUUCAAGAACGGGUGGAGUGUACUUGAUUCAAUUGGAGUAGCAAAUUAUCUCAGACCUCAAUAUUUAGAAAUUCAAGGGAUGGUGGUGAAGUCUGAGGAUGGGAGAGAACUACGUGCCUUCAAUUUCAAGCAAGAGGAUCAAAGCCAAGAAGUGCGUGCAGUGGAGAGGAGGGUACUUUUGGAAACCUUGGCUGCUCAGCUCCCUCCAGAUUCCAUUCAAUAUUCUUCACGGUUGGCCAGGAUUGAAGCAAGUCCAAAUGGGGAUACCUUACUGGAAUUCAAGGAUGGGUCUAAACUACUUGCACAGAUUGUAAUAGGGUGUGAUGGAAUUCGAUCACCAAUAGCUAAGUGGAUGGGAUUUGCUGAGCCCAAGUACGUUGGUCAUUGUGCUUUCCGUGGCCUUGCCUCCUAUUCAAAUGGACAACCUUUUGAACCAAGAGUGAAUUACAUCUAUGGAAAAGGGUUGCGUGCAGGAUAUGUUCCUGUUUCUCCUACCAAGGUCUAUUGGUUUAUCUGCUUCAACAGUUCAUCACCAGGUCCUAAGACAACUGAUUCAACUAUGCUAAAGAAGCAAGCUAAGGAGCUAGUUGAAAACUGGCCUCCAGAACUGUUAGACAUAAUGGAUUCUACACCAGACGACACUGUAAUAAAGACUCCAUUGGUGGAUCGGUGGCUAUGGCCUGCGAUAAGCCCUUCUGUUUCUGCAGGUAGAGUUGUGCUAGUUGGAGAUGCUUGGCACCCAAUGACUCCAAAUCUUGGUCAAGGAGCUUGUUGUGCACUUGAGGAUUCAGUGGUUCUUGCUAAAAAGCUUGCAGCAGCCAUAAACUCUAACGACACUUCUGUCGAAGAAGCUUUUGAAUCGUAUGGCAGCGAAAGAUGGCCGCGAGUAUUUCCACUAACCAUUCGCGCAAACCUUGUAGGUUCUGUUUUGCAGUGGGAUAACUCAUUGGUGUGUUCUAUUAGAAACAAUAUUGUCAUACCUAAGCUAGUAAAACUUGGUCCAUUGCUAGAGCACACAAAUUUUACUAGUGAAAGUCUAUAAAUAAUGAAAAGCAAUGCUGGUACAGUGAAACACAAAGGUGUGAUGUCAAUGGUUAAGGAUUUUAAUUUCUUCUGAAUCCAUUUCCCUAUUGUACACUUGAAUAUAUAUACACUUCAUAUCUCAUAUACAAACACAGACCUUGAUCCAUAAA